UCCAACAAAACUAGCCGUUGCCCCUCUCCCUCUCUCUCUCUCUCUCUCAUCGAUGGAAUCGUCAUCAUCAGUAGCAAUGGCGAGCCCAUCCUCAGACGAGCGAUUAUGGGGCAACCUCCACGAUCGCGUCGGCACGAUCCUCGAGCGACAGCAGCACCGCAGGCCCAGGCGCUGCUCUUCUUCAUUGGAUGGGGCUGAAUGGGAGGGCGGGAAGCGGUUUAGAGAAGAUUCUGUGCUUUUGAUUAGAGGGCUGGAUUCUGCCGCGGCUUCUCUCUCGCAGCUCACCGAUUCUCUGAAUGCAGCUCAGAAGGGACUCCAUGAUCUAGCCAAACCAUCACUGACGAGCCUACAACGUCGAGAGAACAGCGAAGCAGAAGAAGAGGACGCCCAGCCGAACGCGAAGAGGCGUUGCGGUCCUGGUAGGAUUCUGAGCGACGGCGGAGAUGAAGCGGCCGCGGGUAAUUCGCAAGAUGAAGCGCCGCCCGAUCGCUCCGAGGAGGCUGAUCAUGCCCCUGUCGGUAUUGGAAAGAGCGGAAACCUCAAGAAGGCAAAGAAUCUGGCAAUUUCGAUGGCGAGCAGGGCGUCUCUUCUCGCGAGAGAACUGAAGACGAUGAAGUCGGAGCUUUUGUUCACGCGAGAGAGAUGUGCGCUGCUUGAGGAGGAGAACAGGAGGCUUCGGGAGGGAGCGGAGGAAGGCGAUCGGCCAGAAGAAGAUGACCUGGUGAGGCUCCAAAUGGAGGCUUUGUUGGCAGAGAAGUCCAGACUCGCAAACGAGAACGCGAACCUCACAAGAGAAAACCAAUGCCUUCAUCAGCUUGUUGAGUAUCACCAACUCGCAACUCAAGAUCCAUCAUCGCCAUUAUAUGAGCAAACCAUUGAUGGCAUAUGCUUGGACUUCUCAUCUCCAGAGGGCCACGAGGAAGAUGAUGAUAGCAAUCACGGAGAAACUCGGUCUAUUUCUACUCCUGACAAGCUUGGAGUCAUCUCUUCCCUUGAUGAGGAGCACUGAGAAAACAACUUGGACAAUUGAAAUCCUAGCGCUGAUAAUGGUCAUGUAUCAGAUAGCAAGACCCUGAAACCUGUUGCUAUUGUUUAAUUCUGCAUUCUCUCUAGCGGAAAUACUGUGAACUCUUUUGGAUGCUCAUCGAUGAGGAUCCUGGGGGUACCGUAAUUUGGAAAUAUAAAGUUUUCUUGCUGCAGUUUGUAGACUGCUUAUGAGUUAA